UAAAAAAUUCCUUUUUACUUGCAAAGCGAGAAGUCCAAAGAGAAAAAAGGGUUUCAGUUCAGCUACUUAGCAAUGAACCACGUCACACUUAACAGAUUUUAAUGUCUACUUUGUGAGACACUUGGAAUUCGCAGACCGACUAUUACCCACCCAAAUUAUUGAAUACGAACAAAAAAAAUCUGUUGUUCACCUGCCUCAAAACAUUCUCAGAGCUUGCGGUACCUGUCAGAGGCGACAGUCACAGAACACUAUUUUCACGUCAAAUAACAUAACUUUAAUUUAAUUUCCUCAUAUUCAAACCUGACAGGUGUUCAAACCCUAGCUCAUGUCACGCGCGCUUAUAAUACUGUUGAAAGUUUUUCUUGAUUCCAUCGGACUAAACUUUGCAGAGAAUGGAAGGAGGAAGUGAUUAUGUUUGCAGAUUUUGUGGCGGAAGUUUCACAAAGCUUCAAGCUCUUGGAGGUCAUAUGAAAGGUCACCAGUCAGAAAGAGCUGCGGAGAGGAACCAGAAGGCACAGACCGAGAAUUCAAGAAACCAAAUCAUAGAGCGCAACAAGGUAGGCCAUGUACCUUCCUCGAUUUCGAACCUGCGAUCUCAGCUAGGCCAAAAUAUUCAAAUCCCCUCAACUACAAAAGAACGUUCGCAUCAUUUCACAGGGGAGUAUAGGCCUCAAUCUCACCCUCAGCGUCGAGAACAACUACUCAUUCCUGAUAAAGAUCUUCGUCCAAAAGGCCGUCAGCAAGUACCAGAUCUCAAUUUGCCUGUUAUAGAUCAUGCACAGCAAAUACCCGACCUCAAUUUACCUGAUACCGAUGACUGGCGAGAUGAUGUGAUUCAGCUGUCAAAUAAAUACAUGAGAUUCGAAAGCCAGAGGUUUUAAAGAUGACCAGGCAUUUCAGCUUCGUUCCGUUGAUAUCAUUCCAUGAAACAUUUCUUUUUCUGAAAUUGUGUUUCAAUUCUGUACUCUAAACAAGCUGAAGAAUCAACAUUUUUUUUAUAUUUUAUUUCUGUACUUAGUUUGGCUGCAAUCAAAUAUUGCAUCAGGCCAAUUUACAGUUGUUUAGAUUUACUAUUUCACAUCGUACCGAAUUUAUACUGUAAAAAAUCUUUGCUUUAA